ACCCAGCAAGCUAGCUAGCCUUUGGCAGAGAGCCAUCAGACCAUCCACUCACCCAGCUCAACUCUUGGCUGCGCGAGAAAAUGGACAGAGCCACCAAGCCUCACUUCGUGCUCUUCCCGUGGACAGGAACCAUCAGCCACAUCAUCCCCAUGACCGACCUCGGCUGCCUCCUCGCCUCGCACGGGGCGGAGGUCACCAUCGUCACGACGCCCGUCAACGCAGCGGUCGCGCAGGGCCGCGUCGACCGCGCCGGCGCCGCGAUCACGGUCACCGCGGUCCCGUUCCCGGCCGCGGACGCCGGCCUACCCGAGGGCUGCGAGAGGAUGGACCUGCUCCGGUCUCAGGCCGAGGUGCCCCGCUUCUUCGAGGCCAACAGGGGGCACGGCGAGGCCGUGGCGCGGUACUGCCUCCGCGAGGCGCCCCGCCGGCCAAGCUGCGUCAUCUCCGGGAUGUGCCAGACGUGGGCGCUGGGCCUGGCGCGCGAUCUCGACGUGCCCUGCUACGUCUUUCACGGGUUCGGCGCGUUCGCGCUGCUGUGCAUCGAGUACCUGUGCGAGCACAGGCCGCACGAGGCUGCCGCGUCGGCCGACGAGCUGUUCGAGGUCCCCACCCUGCCGCCGUUCCAAUGCCGGCUGUCGAGCAGGCAGCUGCCACCGCAUUUCUUGCCGCCAGCUUCCGUCGGCGGCAAGGCGUUGCAGGGGAUGCGGGAGUUCGAAGUGGCGGCGGACGGCGUCGUGGUGAACACCUUCGAGGAGCUGGAGCGCGGCUCCGCGGCGCUUCUCGCCGAGGCCACCGGCAAGAAGGUGGUCGCCGUUGGGUCCGUCUCGCUGUGCCGCUCGCCAAACCUCGAUCCUCAUUCCAUGUCUGGCGACGCGAGGCGGUGCAUGGCGUGGCUGGACGCCAAGGAGCCCAAGUCCGUGGUGUACGUCAGCUUCGGCAGCGGCGGGCGCAUGCCGCCCGCGCAGCUCAUGCAGCUCGGCAUGGCUCUGGUGUCGUGCCCCUCGCCUGUUCUCUGGCUCAUCAAGGGCGCCGACUCGCUGCCCGGCGACGUCAAGAAGUGGCUCUGCGAGAACACCGACGCUGACGGCGAGGCGAACAGCAAGUGCCUGGUAGUGCGCGGGUGGGCGCCCCAGGUGGCCAUCCUGACCCACCCUGCCGUCGGCGGCUUCAUGACGCACUGUGGCUGGGGCUCGACUCUGGAGGCUGUCGCCGCCGGCGUUCCGAUGGCCACAUGGCCUUUUUUCGCCGAGCAGUUUAUCAACGAGCGCCUCAUUGUCGACGUGCUUGGCAUUGGGGUGUCCGUAGGUGUGACGAAGCCAACAGAAAAUGUCUUGACCGCCGGUGAUGCAGGUGGCAGCGACACGGAAGCGGAGGCCGAGGUGGGGACGGAACAGGUGAAGAAGGCAGUGGAGAUGCUGAUGGAUCAAGGACCUGAAGGGGAGGAGAGGAGGAAGAAGGCUCACGAGCUGAAACUGAAGGCGAAGGGUGCUUUGGAGAAGGGAGGAUCGUCCUACAAUAAUUUGGAGACUUUGAUCCAAUCUUUUGUUUGAAAAGGUCGGCGUACCUUACUGACGCGUGGGUCCAGCACGCUUAUCUGUCUCACCGUGAGUGGCAUACUAUGGAGCAUGGAGAUUUGCCGAUUUAGUCAUUUGGUCUCUUUCCUUUUGCCGAAUAAUGUUCAAGCCUUGCAUUUUAGAAGAAAGAUCCAAGCUAUGUUGAUGUUUGAGCUGCUUU